AAGCUCCGAAGCAUUCGGAAAUCCUCGGCUUCCUAUUACUAUGCUCUGGCACUGUCGCUCCCAGAGGAACAUAGAGAACUGGUGGGAAACAGCAGCAUAGGCAAAGGUUCACUUACUUCAUUUCUUAUUCCUUACACAACAUCACCCUCCUAUAAAAUGCUAUUACACCGUAAUUCGCACACGCGCAUUAUUGUAACGACUUCCUAUGUGUGUGUGAUAGAGAGAGCAAGUGACAGCAUUAAUAGCGGAAGUUUCUCGCGUCCUCUCCAAUCUCGUUCUAACCAAACACUUCUCUCCAGCAAGCAUCCCAUCCAGUGAUCAAAGAGGAGAGAGAACUCAAAGGGUAAGAUGCUGAGUGUGUCCACCCCGACCCAAACGCCCCCCAGCGGAGAGGACAGUUCUGGUUCUGACAGGGGGUCAGAGGUCAGUGUUGGAGCUCCAGCCACAGAGACAGACCGCUUCGGCUUCAUCCUGGGGAAUGGAUCCACUGCUGGGAGUGAAGGCCCGUCCCCUGAGCUCGUUAGACAGAGAGAGGCCAAGUGGAUCAACAUCAUAAGCCAAUGGGAUCGUGUCUUACAAAAAAAUUCCAGCAAGGUCAAAGAGCAGUGUCAGAAAGGCAUCCCAGCAUCCCUCAGGGCUAAAUGUUGGCCACUGCUGUGUGGCGCCACAGACAGAAUGCGCCACAACAAGGACCUCUAUCAGACUCUGGACUCCAGACCCGCACUACAGAGCUGGGUGGACGUUAUAGAGAGAGACUUAGACCGCCAGUUCCCCUUCCAUGAGAUGUUCCUCUCCAGAGACGGCCAUGGACAGCGUGGUCUGUUCCGGGUGCUGAAGGCCUUCACUCAGCUGAAGCCUGAGGAGGGCUACUGCCAGGCCCAGGGACCUGUAGCAGCUGUACUGCUGAUGAACAUGCCUACUGAGCAGGCAUUCUGGUGUCUGGUGCAGAUCAGUGAACAGUACCUCCCUGGCUACUACAGUCCCCUUCUGGAGGGGGUUCUCUUUGACGCAGCCAUGCUGACCAGGGUGCUGAAGAGGACGUGUCCCGCGGCUCACAAGCACCUGCAGAGACACGGCGUGGAGCCUCUGAUGUUCGCCACCGAUUGGUUGAUGUGCCUGUUCACACGCCACCUACCCUUUAACACCCUGCUCAGGGUCUGGGACCUGUUCUUCUGCUACGGAGUGCGUGUGUUGUUCCAGGUGGCGGUGGUGUUGGUGCGCAGGGCUCUGGGCCGGGUGGAGCAGAGGGAGGCGUGCGAGGGCCAGAUGGAGACUCUGGAGAGGCUGAGGGGUGUGAGGGAGCAGGUGCAGCAGGAGGACGAUAACUUCAUUGCAGAGGUUUGUUCUGUUCCCCUGUCGAGUAAGGAUCUGGAGAGGCAGACGGAGAGAGAGCUGGAGAAGUGGAGAAUGGAACGGCCCGCCUCCACCUUUGAUCCCCGGGGUCGUUGCCACGGAUAUCGGAUGGCGUGGGCGAGGGUUCGAGAGAGGGAGGAGGAGAGGAACAGGAAGGAGAGGGAGAAAGGGAACCUGUCCCUCCCUCUGAUUCGCUCGCCCUCCCUCCUCUCUCUCUCUCCCUCGCUCCUCCGCAAGAAGUGGAUAAGAGGGAGUAGGACAGACAUUGGGGAGUGGGAGGGAGAAGGCAGAGGGGUGAGGAAGGUUUCAGAGGAGGUGUGGGAGGAGAGAAGCGAGGGAGGGAAUCUGAGGAGAAGAAGUGAGAUGGAUGGUAGUCCAGUGAGGGCUCCGGGUGUUCCAUGUCCAGCUACAGAGGACAGGGCCCCAGUGGAAACGAGAGAACCGUUAGAACACAAAGAACCCAUAGAACAGGAGGACAGAAGGCAGAAAACCCAGCUGACCCCAGAUUUAGACAGAGAACCUUCCCAGCAGCAUCAGCUCACCUCGGACCACAGCGUCACCUCACAGGGCCAGGGAGAGGAGCAGGGGGGUCUCAGCCAGACACCGGUCUCUGAGCAGCAUAGCGACAGCCAGACACAGGAAACUGACCACAGUAAAGACACCAUGCAAACACAGGAAGUACUGAACAAACAGUCAACAGCGAGUGCAAAUUUCAUCACAGUGCAUAUAGUGACAGAGACGAAGGAUGAGGCAGAGACAAGCAAGGAGACAGAGACAUGUGCAGCAGCAAUGACAGAGGAGGAAACUGCUCCACACACAGACCUGAAGACAUACACAGAGGAGGAAACUGCUCCAGACACAGACCUGAAGACAUACACAGAGGAGGAAACUGCUCCAGACACAGACCUGAAGACAUACACAGAGGAGGAAACUGCUCCAGACACAGACCUGAAGACAUACACAGAGGAGGAAACUGCUCCAGACACAGACCUGAAGACAUACACAGAGGAGGAAACUGCUCCAGACACAGACCUGAAGACAUACACAGAGGAGGAAACUGCUCCAGACACAGACCUGAAGACAUACACAGAGGAGGAAACUGCUCCAGACACAGACCUGAAGACAUACACAGAGGAGGAAACUGCUCCAGACACAGACCUGAAGACAUACACAGAGGAGGAAACUGCUCCAGACACAGACCUGAAGACAUACACAGAGGAGGAAACUGCUCCAGACACAGACCUGAAGACAUACACAGAGGAGGAAACUGCUCCAGACACAGACCUGAAGACAUACACAGAGGAGGAAACUGCUCCAGACACAGACCUGAAGACAUACACAGAGGAGGAAACUGCUCCAGACACAGACCUGAAGACAUACACAGAGGAGGAAACUGCUCCAGACACAGACCUGAAGACAUACACAGAGGAGGAAACUGCUCCAGACACAGACCUGAAGACAUACACAGAGGAGGAAACUGCUCCAGACACAGACCUGAAGACAUACACAGAGGAGGAAACUGCUCCAGACACAGACCUGAAGACAUACACAGAGGAGGAAACUGCUCCAGACACAGACCUGAAGACAUACACAGAGGAGGAAACUGCUCCAGACACAGACCUGAAGACAUACACAGAGGAGGAAACUGCUCCAGACACAGACCUGAAGACAUACACAGAGGAGGAAACUGCUCCAGACACAGACCUGAAGACAUACACAGAGGAGGAAACUGCUCCAGACACAGACCUGAAGACAUACACAGAGGAGGAAACUGCUCCAGACACAGACCUGAAGACAUACACAGAGGAGGAAACUGCUCCAGACACAGACCUGAAGACAUACACAGAGGAGGAAACUGCUCCAGAUACAGACCUGAAGACAUACAUUGAAGCAAAGACAGAGAAGGAAAGAGUGACAGAGACCCACACAGAUGUAGAGAUUCAGAUACGAGCAGAAGCCAAGACAGAGGAGGAAAUGGAGGCAGAGGUACAGAAAGGACUACACACAGAUAAAAGUGUAGAGACCGAGACGGACAUGGGGUCAAAAGAGACAGCGACUCAAACAGAUGUGAAUACAGACACGGAGACAGACACACAACAAGAGGCAGAUGUAAACUUGGAGGCAGAAACAGACACGGGCUCACUGACCGAGAGAGACAAAGGCACUGGCACAGAGACACACACCGACAAGGAGAUACAGGCUCGUACAGAGAUCCAGUCACACAAAGGGACGGAGACACACACAGAUGAAAAAUCUGAGGCAGAGAGAGAAACGGCGUUAGAGGCACAUACAGAACCAGAGACGCAGGAAGAAAAUGAGUCAGCGAUGCACAUAGAGGCAGACACAAGAGUAGAGGCAGAGUUGGGGUCACAGAUUGAGGCAGAAACACAGACGGACAAAGAAUCAGAGAUACGUGUAGCUGUAUACAUAGGGAUUGAGACGCACACGGAGAAAGCCACUGACACAAACACAGGGACAGAGACGACCAUGGAGUCUCCACAUGACAUUCAGAGACGCACAGAGACCGCAAAGACGGCGGUACAGUACACAGAGCCCUCUAGCACAAUACCAGCCAAUCAGAGCCAGGUUUCUCCAGAGUUGACAUCCACUACUGAGCCUGCGGAGGAGAGGAACUCAUCAGAACAGAAGCUUCCUGAAAAACUCCAGAGUCCAGUCACCAUCCGUCCAGAUCAGGAGACCCAGAAAGUCAGGGAGAGUGAAGGAGAGAAAGAAAAGAAAGCCUCAACUGACAUCCUUCCACCAUUACAUCAGGGGGAAUCACUGACAGGUGAAUUCCCUCACAUACCUGACAACCCAAAGUCACAAAGUCAGAGUGAGUCUCCCCCUCCUGCAGACUCAAAGGCUGACUCUGGCAACUCGGUGUCCACACAAAUUGAUGUCUCGUCCCAAAGGACUACGCCCUGUGAUGGACCGUGGGCAACCCCUUCCGGAGACUUCCGGCUCUGCAAAUCCUCCAGCUCCCGGAGGCUCACCCGCAGGCUCUCUGAGGAUCUCUUCACUAAGCCCAACCAAUCACAACCCACCUUCACACAAUCCAAUCAAUCAAAUAUAGGCUUCAUUCAGUCCAAUCAACCACAACCCACAUCUCCCAUUCAGGUACCAAAGCGCCCAGAAUCACCCAAACGGGUGACAGGGAGCAACCCGGACACUGUCCCAUCUCAGACUGGGCCUAAAUCUGACAAAGGGCCGACCGACACCCCCAGGCUAUUUGGUCUCUUCCGUAGGCUCAAAGGGGAGCAACCAAGGCAGGACAGGGAGAAAGGGGAGCACAAAGUCCCCAUUCCCCAAAUCCUGAUCCAGGACUUCAGUGAUGGGACAGGUGAGGGGAGCACAGUCAGGGGGGAGGAAGAGGAGAACCUGAGCUCCAGAGAGAGGAGGAGGAGACGGAGGGAGCAGGAGAGGAGGGAGAAAGAGGAGGAGAAGUUACAGAAGAAGAGGGAGAAGGAGUUAGAGAAAGAGAGAAAGAGGGAGAGGAGGAAGCCUCAGACAAGGGGGAAGAGUUUUCAGGUGCUACACAGCAGUGUUCCCCUCCCUGGAAACAGUGGCUCACAGACAUUUGGUUCCAAAAGAAACUCAACUCCAUCUAUGGAGACAUACUUUUAACAAGCAAGGAAAGAAAUCGACAUUCUAAAAGUUUUUACAAACAACAAAAAUGACCCAUAAAACAUCUCAUCCAAGUGUAGACUUGAAAAAAAAAAAUGUAAAUAAAACAAUUUAUAUUUUCAAACUC